CCCCGCCCUGGACUGCGCCUCUCCGUUCCACUCCUACUACUCUGCAUCACGAUUGUCUUUGCCCCAGCAGCUAUGGAAGCCUUUCUUCGACCGGCCUCCGGGUACCCCGCACUUCUUCAAGCGCUGCAACGGGGACCCCUCAAAGUUUCUUUAGUGGGAUCGGGAAACUGGGGGACUGCAGUGGGCAAAAUCGUGGCGAUGAACGCGAAGGACUCGCACAUUUUCCAUUCGGAUGUACGCAUGUGGGUAUUCGAAGAGGAGUGUGAGGGGCGCAAGCUGAGCGAGUGGAUCAACAAGCACCACGAAAAUAGAAAAUAUCUACCAGGUUUUCAGCUUCCCACGAACCUUCGUGCCAUCCCAUCCCUUACGGAAGCCUGCAAGGAGGCCGACCUCCUCAUCUUCGUCAUGCCCCAUCAGUUCAUCGAGAAAACCUGUUACGAGCUCAAGAAAGCGCAGCUGCUACCGCCCCAUGCAAGGGCGAUUUCUCUCAUCAAGGGCCUUGGAGUCAAGAAGGGAUGGCCCAUUACCUUAACGCAUGAGAUUGGUAAUAUUCUGGAGUUGCCCAAGCCUUGCAUCCUCUCUGGUGCGAAUGUUGCUAAUGACGUUGCUGCUGAAAAUUUCGCUGAAGCAACAAUUGGGCAUCCAGAAGGCGAAGCAGAGACUGCUGCACUCUGGCAGCUCCUUUUCGACAGGCCAAACUUCAAAGUCAAUGUGCUUCCGGACGUUGACGGGGUGGAGGUUUGUGGGGCCUUAAAGAAUGUGGUGGCGGUUGCUGGCGGCAUCUGUGAAGGAAUGGGUCAGGGAACAAAUGCGAAGGCAGCAAUCCUCAGACUUGGCGUUGAGGAAAUGAAGACCUUCAUUAUGCUCUUCUUUGGGGGGCUUCUAGCGGACACUCUGUAUGACAGUGCGGGGUAUGCCGACGUAAUAACGACUGCCUUUGGAGGGCGCAACGCCCGCGUGUCCGCAGAAUUCGUGCGGCAGGGCGGUAAAAAAAAUUGGGACCAGCUGGAGAGCGAAAUGCUAGCUGGGCAGAAAUUGCAAGGCCCCGCAACGCUUGAACUGGUGGCGGAGGUGGUGCGUACCAACAAAGUAGAGCAUUUGUUCCCACUCUUCAUGGCAACACAUGCUGUAGCGUUUCAGGGAGCAGAUCCCCAGCUGAUCCUCGAUGUUUUUCGUACUUCCCAGCCCCGUACUAUUCAAAAAGUGGACGACUGUGUUAAACUGAAAAUGCCUACGGCUAUAAAGGAAGCUAGGACGAAAAUUGCUGCACGGAUCAUGAUGGCCAGGGGGAACAGCUCCCACCACACUGCAUAUCACAGUUCCCAUUCUGCCCUCCAUGGAGGACAGCAUGAGACUAUUUGUGAAGGCACACGUGAGGGCAUCCAUGAAUCCGUCGGUGGAUCCCCUCAGGAGGGCUCGGGAAGGUCUCAUCCGACGACCAGCCGAGAGGCUACGCAUGGAAUCUCGUAA